AAAAUGCAAGUUGUAUGUUUGUACGUCCGUGUCAUGCCUUUUGUAUGUUUCUGUCACGAGUUUUGUAAGUUGAAGUGAGGAGUUUUGUAUGUAAGUGUCACGAGUGUCUGGUUAACAAGCUGUAUGUGUCACGAGUGUUGGUUGUGUCACUCUUCUCUCUUGCUCUAUUUAAAGCAUUGUAAUGCAUUUCAUUGUUUUCACUCUACUCUCAUCAUCUAAAGUUUUCAUAAAGCAUUGUCACUCUUCUCUCUUCCUCACGAGUGUAGGUUGUGUCAUAUUAAAUUGUUUUCACUCUACUCUCUCUUGCAAAACACAAGUUACAAAGUCUUCUCUUCCACCACAAAGUUUUCUUGUCUUCCCCUUGAUAACAAAGCCAUUCUCUUUCAUUGAUCACAAAAAAAAAAAGAGUUUUUUCUCUUCUCUUUCAAGUUACAAAGUCUUCUCUUCCACCACAAAAUAAAAUUCUAUGGCUUCAUCUUCUCAUAACACUUUUGAGGGAGUAGAUGAAUUUGAUCAAUAUUUUGAUCAAACGUUCGAGGAUUUGUGCAUAAAUCAUGAUGAUCAAGAAGAUACAAGGAAGAAAAGAAAAAAACGAGUCCACAUUGAAAGAAACCAUGAAGAAGGCAAUGUGCGUUUAUGGAAUGAUUAUUUCAGCGAAACUCCAACAUAUCCUCAAAAUCUAUUCCGACGGCGAUUUAGAAUGAACAAACCAUUGUUCAUGCGUAUUGUUUAUCGACUCUCCAAUGAAGUUGAAUUCUUUCGACAAAAGAAAGAUGCUCUCGGAAGGUCUAGUCUCUCUCCACUUCAAAAGUGUACAGCAGUCAUUCGUGUCUUGGCAUAUGGUAGUGCGGCUGACGCUGUUGACGAAUACCUCCGACUCGGUGAAACUACUACUCGGUCAUGUGUGGAACAUUUUGUGGAAGGAAUAAUUUAUUUAUUAGGCGAUGAGUACCUAAGAAGACCAACACCCGCUGAUCUUCAACGUCUACUUCAAGUUGGUGAGUUCCAUGGAUUUCCCGGGAUGAUAGGAAGCAUCGAUUGUAUGCAUUGGGAGUGGAAGAAUUGUCCCACCGCUUGGAAAGGGCAAUAUACACGGGGUUCAGAAAAACCCACAAUUGUUUUAGAUGCGGUUGCUUCGUAUGAUCUAUGGAUAUGGCAUGCGUUUUUUGGACCUCCAGGUACCUUAAAUGAUAUCAAUGUUCUUGAACGCUCACCUGUUUUUGAAAUAUAAUAAAAAGUCAAGCUUCGCAAGUCACUUUCUCUGUCAAUGGAAGAGAGUAUCAUUUGACUUACUAUCUCACCGACGGUAUUUAUCCGAAAUGGGCAACUUUUAUCCAAUCUAUUUCAAUGCCACAAGUGCCGAAAGCGGUUUUAUUUGCUCAACAUCAAGAAGCUGUCCGAAAAGAUGUCGAGCGUGCUUUUGGAGUCUUGCAAGCUCGAUUUGCCAUUGUUAAAAACCCCGCGCUUUUUUGGGAUAAAACCAAAAUUGGGAAGAUUAUGAGAGUAUGUAUCAUACUCCAUAAUAUGAUAGUAGAAGACGAAUGAGAUGGAUAUACUCUAUUUAAUGUUUCAGAGUUCCAACAAGGAGAAGAGACCGGAAGUUCACAUGUCGAUCUCGAUUAUUCUACGGAUAUGCCUACAAAUAUCGCCAAUAUGUUGGGUGUUCGAACAAGAAUACGUGAUAGACAAAUGCAUCAACAACUCAAAGCUGAUUUGGUUGAACAUUUAUGGAGUAAAUUUGGACGUGACGAAGACAACAACUGAGU